GCCCUCUCACGUGACCACUGGGCGUCAACCCCAGCAGAGGUCUUCCUCCUCCCCAGCCCCGGACCCUACGGUCGUGUGGAGCCCCGGGACUGUAAUAGGUCUCCCAGGCCCGUGGCCGCGACCCGCGAUGGCGCGGCUGGGCGCGCUCGUCUGCUGCCUGCUGGCUGCUUGGCACUGCCGCCCCGGCCUCGGACUGCCUCUGGCUCCCACUGGCGGCCCGAGUCCCAGUCCGGCGGUGGGACAGUUUUGGCACGUGACUGACUUACACUUAGACCCUACUUACCACAUCACAGAUGACCACACAAAAGUGUGCGCUUCCUCGAAAGGUGCAAGCGCCUCCAAUCCUGGCCCUUUUGGAGAUGUUCUAUGUGAUUCUCCUUAUCACCUCAUUUUGUCAGCAUUUGAUUUUAUUAAAAAUUCAGGACAGGAAGCAUCUUUUAUGAUAUGGACAGGGGAUAGCCCACCUCAUGUUCCAGUGCGUGAACUCUCAACAGACACGGUCAUAAAUGUGAUUGCUAAUAUGACCACCACAGUCCAGAGUCUCUUUCCAAAUCUCCAGGUUUUCCCUGCACUGGGUAAUCAUGACUAUUGGCCACAGGAUCAACUGCCUGUAUUCACCAGCAAGGUGUACAAUGCAGUAGCAAGCCUCUGGAAGCCAUGGCUGGAUGAAGAAGCUAUUAGUACUCUAAGGAAAGGUGGCUUUUAUUCACAGAAAGUUUCAACUAAUCUGAACUUUAGGAUCAUCAGUCUCAACACAAACUUAUACUAUGGCCCAAAUAUCGUGACCCUAAAUAAGACUGACCCAGCAAAUCAGUUUGAAUGGCUAGAAAAUACACUGAACAUCUCUCAGCAAAAUAAGGAGAAGGUGUACAUCAUAGCUCAUGUUCCAGUGGGGUACCUGCCUUAUUCAAGGAGCAUCACGGCAAUGAGAGAAUACUAUAAUGAGAAAUUGAUAGAUAUUUUUAGAAAAUACAGUAACAUCAUUGCAGGACAAUUUUAUGGACACACUCACAGAGAUAGUAUUAUGGUUCUUUCAGAUAAAAAAGGAAAUCCGAUAAAUUCUUUGUUUGUGGCUCCUGCUGUUACUCCAGUGAAGAGUGUUUUAGAAAAACAGACCAACAAUCCUGGUGUCAGACUAUUUCAAUAUGAUCCUCGUGAUUAUAAAUUACUGGAUGUGCUACAGUAUUACUUGAACCUGACGGAUGCUAAUCUAAAGGGAAAAUCUAAUUGGAAGCUGGAGUAUACCCUGACCCAGGCCUAUGACAUUGAAGAUUUGCAGCCAAAAAGUUUGUAUGAAUUAGCUAAACAAUUUGCAAUCUUAGACAGUAAACAGUUUAUAAAAUACUACAAUUACUUCUUUGUGAGUUAUGACAGUAGGGUAAUUUGUGAUGAGAAAUGUAAGGCCUUUCAGAUUUGUGCAAUUAUGAAUCUUGAUGUUAUUUCUUAUACAGAUUGCCUCAAACAGUAUUAUAUAAAGCACAAUCCAUAGUAUUUCACAGUCUGUACUCAUAGAAAAUGUACCAUUGCUCUGUUUCUGAGAUCAGUUUGUGGAAUUGUUAUGCAAAAAUUUGUGAGUUACUGAGUGGGCAGGAAGAAUUCCUGUCUUUGCUUUUUUAUGAUGCCCAAAAUGUAGAUAUUUUUAACAUCCUAAAUUUUUAUUAUAUCGAAUGUAUCUAAACUGCCCAUUACUAGAAUGAUAUUUGGAUGUAAAUACCCUAUCUUUCAGUUUAUAUAAUUGCAUUUAAUUUAUACUCUUGUUGAAAUUGUCAUUUAUACAAUAAGACAAAUUACUUUUCCCUAAGUAUGAUGAAUUAUUUUUAAUAUGAUAAUUUUCAGUCUUUUAAUUCAUUCUUCUGGACACUUCAUGUGUAAACUGAGGUUCAGACAGUUUUAAGUAUCAUGAGGUUGACACUGUUUAUACACUAUCUAUACUCUUGGGAAAACACCAAGGUCACAUUAGGGCCAUCUCUGAGUCUAUGAAACAUCAUAGGACAUGACCUCACUAGCUGUCUUCAUUCUGUGAGUGAAGGGGAGUCCUCUUUAGAACUAAGUUUUAAGGAAGAGGAUGUCACGGGAGAAUGGCUAAAUAUUUUAUCAAACUUUAAAAAUGCAGAAAUAGUAUUUAUAUGUUGCUUACAGAUACAUGUAAUAGAUUCCCCCAGAAGAGGUGUGUUGGUAAACAUCAAAUACAGGAAUGUUGGAGGUUAAUGAAUGGGAAAGUUGAUUGGGGAGAGAUAUAUAAGGGGAUUUAAAUGUGUUGGUAACGUUUUAUUUCCUAGUUCAAUCAAUUUCCUAGUGGCUAUGUUAAUGUUAGCUCUAUUUUUCUUUAUAUAUUUUUAAAUAUAUUAAGUACUAUAGAGAUCCAGCCUUUAAAGUUGAUGAUAUUGGCUCUUCUACGGAGAAUGAUUCAUAAUGAAAGCAUGGAGACGCUUGGAGGGUUUGAAGUAGUCUAGUAGAGAAGGGACUGUGGGGGGUGCUGAGGUGCUGGCAGUGGAGAGAAGUAGCCCUUUUGUGAUAUAUUUGGUAAGUAGAAGCAGCAGGAUUUAUUGAUGGCAAGGAUGUACGAGCUAAAGUACAGAGAGAAAUAAAGGAUGACUGCUAGAUUUUUGGCUGGAGAAACUGGUAGAUGGUUGUGUUAUGAGGGAGUUGGGAUUACUAGAAGAGGAGAGGGCUGGCAGGGAGUGUGAGGGGCACAGAGCAACAGAUUAAGAGUACUAUAGUGUAUUACAGCUGAUACAGGCUACCCAAGAAUUCCUCUAGUUCUUUAAACAUUUUUCUAUUCUAAUCAUCUCUAAAUUGAGAACUUAAGGAUUUCUUUUAAAAAAUAAAUUUGUACCCUAAGAAAGCAGCCAAACAACUCAGACUCUACUACUGUGAUUGUUUCUACAAUAUUUAAAAUUUAUUAGGAAUAAACAUGACUUACUUAUAGGAAUGUAUCAUCUGCCUGCCUCCCCACUGGUACUGCCUAAAUCAUUCUAGACAAACAUCAAGGACACUUAAGGAAAGGAAAAAUAGUAUUAAUUCAGUUAUUGAUGAGCUAUCUAUUCUUUCGGUAGAGAAUGGAUUUUCUCAAGCUACAGCAUCCCCUACUUGAGUUGCUUCUCCUUGGAGCAAUUAUGUGUGUUAAGCAUAAUUAGGCAACCUUUCCAUGAGCACAGAAAGAAAUAAUAAGGUAAGGAUCAUGUUUAUUUUAUAAUUAGUUUUUCAAAACAUACCUGAAAUUCCUGUUUUACAAAAUUCUCCUCAUUAAAAUUUAGUGUGAUUCAUCAUCCUUAAUUUUUAGUAAAACAAAUUUCUUUCUACAAUCUGUUGUUUAAUUUUAAACAAAUCAGUAUAAAACUCCUCUCUUUUAUUGUAAAACUUCAGGUCUUUUGCAUUCUAUGCUAUACAUAGUACAUUCCCUUAUGAAAGUUCUAUGUCCCCAAACUGGUGGUUUUAGGAAGAUGGCUGUGAGUGUCCCCUGACCAUUGCCUUGUAGGCUUGGAGGACUGUUCUUUAUGCAGGACUAGGGACCCAGUGGUCCUUUUGGUUUCUGUAGCCUUUGUUCCUGCCUCAGUGAAGACUCUUUGCUCCCAUCACCACCCCAUAUUCUAAUUAACAUAGAUUGUCAGUUUCUAAACACACAUGUAAUUAUACAUUUCAAAAGAUUUUCAAUAUGUAUGUUUGAUAACUUACUUGAAUUCAAAAUACGUAACUCAAAACUCAACAGUAAGAAAACAACCCAAUUUUUUAAAAUGUCAAAAGAUCCAAAUACUUCACCGGUGAAGAAAUACGAAUGGCAAACAAGCAUGUAAAAAGAUACUCUACAACAUUAGUCAUUUAAAAAAAUGUAAACUAAAAAGUAAAAAAAAAAUUUAAAGUAAAUAAAUUACUACUACACACCAAUUGAAUUGUUUUUUGAAAAAUUGACAGUGUCGAGAACUGGUGAAGACAGAACUGAAACUCUUAUAUAGUGUUCUUUUCUCCCCUUUUUAAAGUGGUACACUUUGUUGGAUUAAUUUCUAUUCUUUUAUUAGCUUCAGAUGUAGCAUAUAUUUCAAUUUCCUAAUUUAUUAUAAGGUUGGGAUUUAUUUAUUUUUCAUUUUUAAUGACAUUUAUUGUUUUCUUUCUAAUUUUACAAGUGAUACAUGUUCAUUGCAUUCAACUAGAAAUACAUAAAAGGAUAAAGUAAAAAGUAACAAUCACCCAUAAUCCCCACCUCUCAUAGGUAAUGACCAUGAGCAGUUUGAUGCAUUUACUCUGUGUCUAUAUAUGCAUAUAUUUUUAAUAAUUAAAGAAUAAUUGACCUACAACACUAUGUUAGUUUCAGGUGCAUGACAUAGUGACUGGAUAUUUCUUUAUAUUACAAAAUCAUCACGAUGAAAAGUCUAGUUACCAUGUGUCACCAUACACAGAUAUUACAGUAUAAUUGACUAUAUUCCUCAUGUUGUACAUUUCAUCUCUGGACUCAUUUAUUUUAUAAUUGGAAGUUUGUACCUCUUAAUCUCCCUCUUUUAUUUCACCCAUACCCCCAUCCACCUCCCCUCUGGCAACCACCUGUUUGUUCUCAGUAUCUAUAACUCUGUUUCUGUUGAAUUAUGUUAGUUCAUUUGUUUUCUUUUUUAGACUGCACAUAUAAGUGAAAUCAUACAGUAUUUGUCUUUCUCUGUCUGACUUAUUUCACUUAGCAUAAUACCCUCUAGGUCCAUCCAUGCAAUUACCCAUUUCUUCACCUUUGCUCACAUUGUUCCUUUUCCCAAUCUAAAGUCCCCCAUUUCUUGCUCUCUCUAAUAUUGUUUUUCUUAAGACCUCACAUAAAAACUACCUUUGUUGUCAAAACUUAUCUGACCUCUUCAGGCACACUUAAAUCUUCUCUCCUUGGGGCCACCAUCGUUACCUUAUUUGAAACAUCAAUGCCAUUUUUCUCUGUUCCCUCUCUUCCUUUAGUUCUGAGAGGACAGGGCUCUGCUUUACCCAACUUUGUAUCCCCAUCACCUAACACAAUGCUUGACAAAUAGGUAAGUAAGCUUUAUAAUGAACAGUAUCAAAUUAAUGAAAUUAUAUCUAUGUUGGGAGAUAUUUUUCUCCAUUUCUUGCUGAUGGCCAAAUUCCUUAAUGACUAGAUAAAGCCAUCUAUUAUUAUCAUUAAGCAGCAGAGAUUAAAGGUUGAAGAUAGAAAUGUUUGGCUUAGGCAAUCCAUUGAUGGAAACAUUUACACUAAUGGGUAACAAGUUUAGUCAGCCAUCCUACGUGCCUGAGAGCAUACUGAUUCCAGUUGAGACAGAGAGGAUGGAUUCUGGCAUUGGCAUUGGCGGGUUGGGGAAAGAGAACUGAGAAGCGAAGUGGGGAUUUUGAGACAUAAGAAAAGAAGGGUAGCCUGUCCUCUCACAUGCUGGUAAGGAAAAGGGCUUAGUGAGUAGAAGGUCAUCGGGAGGCCAUAUGAUAAGUUGAUGAGAUCAGGGAUUCUAGUUUGUGUAGUUCAAGGUACUUACCUCUCUGUAAUUCAGUUUGUCUCGUCAAUUAAAAUGAGAGUUACAGCAUCACCUGAUUUAUAACAUUAUUGUGGGAACUAAGUGAAAAUGCAAAGUGCAUAGCUCAGUUUCUGGACAUUGUAAGCAUUAUGUAAAAGUUAUAAAUAUUAAUAUGAUUUUUGACAUUGUUAGAUGCCCACAGAGAACAGAGUAGAUUUGACAGGGACUUGGAAGUACAGUCAAGAAAAACAGAACCUCAUACUUUUCAGUGUUGUUCUGGGGAACGUUCAGUUUAUACACACAUAAAGCCACAAGCACUGUGUUUUGUAUGGCACAAUUCUCUCCACAAAUAUAGGGUUCCUGUGGUGUUCCAGGUGCUGUUCUAUGUGCUAGGUAAACAGCAGUGAACAAAACAGAUGAAGAUUCCUUCCUUUAUGGAGCUCAUUCUAGCGUGCGCAUUACUGUGAUGAGUGUGUGUAUGUGCGCGCGCGCACGCGUGUGGGCGCAGCUUAUGGGGAACACUGAUUGCCUUUGAACCACAUUGCACAUAACUAAAACUGAUUUAACAAUUAAAAUAUUUUAAAUGUUUUUAACAGGAUCACCUUCAUUACAAUGGACUUCAUUCCCAGAAACUAUUGAGUAGGGGUUGUGACUGUCAUGUCACAAAACAAGAGGGUCAGAAAUACUGACAACUGUAUUACAAAGAUGUCCACUUGAGCCUUUGCUAUUUGGGAAGAAUGAUAAAAAGUUGCUAAAA